AUGGGAAGAAGUUGCGAUCUUCUCUUUGCUCUUUCGGUUUUCAUUCUGCUCCAUACUUCACUAUCUAUUAGUACUGAUGAAGCUGCUCUUCUUGCCUUCAAAUCUCACAUUUCUUCUUCUAAUCCUAACAACAUCUUAGCAACCAACUGGUCUUCUUCCACCCUUGUUUGCACCUGGAUUGGAAUCACUUGCACCUCCCCACACCAUCGAGUCGCAGCUUUAGACAUUUCUAGUAUGCAACUUCAUGGUACCAUUUCUCCACACCUUGGAAACCUCUCAUUUCUUGUUUCCCUCAACAUUAGUAACAACUCUUUCCGUGGAGAUUUGCCCAAAGAGUUGGCUCAUUUGCAGAGGUUGAAAUUGAUUGAUGUCUCAAGCAAUAACUUCACUGGUGCCAUUCCAUCAUUUUUAAGUUUGCUAGUAGACCUUUGCAUUUUGUGCCUGUCGAGCAACCAAUUUUCAGGAAAAAUCCCAUCUUCACUUUCCAAUCUAACAAAGCUGGAGGUGUUGAAAAUAAAGGGAAAUCUUCUUGAAGGAGAGAUCCCUCGAGAACUUGGUGAUCUUCAUUACAUGACUGCUUUAAACCUGGGAAGUAACCACCUUACUGGCUCUAUACCACCAUCAAUUUAUAACAUUACAACCAUGCGAAUCAUUGCUCUUACCAACAAUAAUCUUAGUGGAAAGAUACCAGUGGAGCUAGGUAAUCUUAAGAAACUACAGAUUCUGUCAUUAAACGACUGUAAGCUUACUGGUUCCAUCCCCGCAAGCAUUUUCAACAUGUCAGCACUGCAGCUCCUAGGAAUAUCAGAAAACAGGCUUUCAGGUACUCUACCUUCAGAUUUAGGUCGUGGAAUGCCCAACCUAGAAGGAUUCUCUUGUUUUCAGAAUAGUUUGAGUGGUUUUCUCCCUGCUUCUAUCUCAAAGUCUUCUAGACUCAGUGUACUUGAACUCUCCUAUAACAGUUUUACAGGCCCAAUUCCUGAAUCAGUUAGUGACUUAGAAUACAUUGAGAUUUUGAACUUUGGGGGGAAUAAUUUUUUCAGCAAUUCAGCAUUGAGCUUCUUGACAUCUUUGACAAACUGUAGGAAACUGAAAGAAAUCACUUUUGCCGAGAAUCCCUUGGACGGUUUUUUGCCUGCCUCCAUUGGGAAUUUCUCUGAUUCUCUGCAAAUUUUCCAAGGAUGGUAUUGUAAACUGAAAGGCUUCAUUCCUGGAGAAAUUGGCAAUCUUACCGGUGUGAUAAAGAUGGAUUUGUCACAAAAUGAGUUGACUGGAUAUAUUCCAAAAACCAUCCAAGGCUUGUCAAACCUUCAAGAACUUUACUUAGGUGGCAACAUGAUAAAAGGAACCAUACCAGAUGUUAUGUGCAAUUUAAAUAAACUUGGAGCAUUAGAUUUGUCAAAAAAUCAAGCUUCUGGUUCCAUACCACCAUGCUUAGGGAACGUUACCAGUUUGAGGUAUCUUUAUCUAGCUAACAACAGGCUGAACUGGACCUUACCUUCAAGCUUGGGGAGCCUUCAAGAUCUCCUAGAAUUCAAUGUUUCGUCCAAUUUAUUAACUGGGGAAGUUCCUAUAGAGAUUGGAAAUUUAAAGGUUGCAACAAUAGUUGAUCUGUCAAAAAAUGAUUUUAAUGGUAAGAUCCCUAGCACACUAGGGGGUCUGGAUAGAUUGAUGAAACUUUCUCUAGCACAUAAUAAAUUAGAUGGGCCUAUUCCAGAUUCAUUUGGCAAAAUGCUGGCCUUGGAAUUCUUGGAUUUGAGCAUUAACAAUGUUAGUGGUGAAAUUCCAAAGUCAUUAGAAGCUCUCGUGUAUCUCAAAUACUUGAACUUCUCAUUUAAUGAACUCAGUGGAGAGAUUCCCACGGGUGGUCCUUUUGCAAAUGCCACAAGUCAAUCUUUCUUGAAAAAUUAUGCCCUUUGUGGCGACUCUAAGUUUCAUGUUUCACCAUGCGUCAUCAAAUCUCCCAAGAGGUCAAAGAAAAAAAAGGCAAUAUUGGUUUUGGGAGUUGGUAUGCUAUUUCUUGCAUUAGCCCUCACAUAUGUAUUUUUGAGAUUGAGAAAGGAAAAAAAGAAUGCAGGUCAAGCUGAUGUGUCUCUGAUAAAAUGUCAUGAAAGAAUUUCCUAUUAUGAACUUGAACAAGCAACCGAAAGAUUCAAUGAAAGCAACUUGCUUGGUAACGGGAGUUUCUGCAAGGUCUACAAAGGGAGACUAAAGGAUGGUACUCUUUUGGCAGCAAAGGUAUUCAAUGUGCAAUUGGAGGGUGCAUUCAAAAGUUUUGAUACAGAAUGUGAGAUGUUGCGCAAUCUCCGCCACCGAAAUCUGACCAAAGUCAUCACCAAGAUUAGCUAUAAUGAUAGAUGUUGCAUCUGCAAUGGUCUAUCUCCACAGUGGUUGUUCAAAUCCGGUGGUGCAUUGUGA